GUAAUAAUAUUGCAUCGCAGCAAAGCAAGCAGCAGAAGCAAGAUACAUACAUACUCCUAGACAUCAGCAAUGUCCACGAUGACUUCCUAUACACUUUUGAGUCAGCCGGCGCCGCUGAGGAAAAUCUCGAGCACGCCCUUGCAAGCCCGCAAACUGGCGGCUACGCCGGCUGUGGCUCUCCCUUUGGUUCGACGCAAGCUAUCACCCCUCUCCGUGUGCCAUGCUGCAUACACGUACGACGUCCCACCCUUUGCCCUGGUGCACCCCAAGUUCCCUGAGUUCUCUCCCCCAAAAAAUAACUGGAAGAUCACAGAAGACGCAGACCGCAUCAACUUGUGGUUUAAAGUGGACGAGACGAACAAGAAUGAUCUGGAAGUGGCGACCAAGGGCAAUCUGCUUCUAAUCAGGUACAAGGGAAAAACGGACGACACGGCCGCCCCAGCAAGCAAGCUGGACGUCCGCCUGCUGUUGCCCUCGGCCUACGAGAAUCCGGAGAAGGUAGAAGCCGAGCUCACGUUCGGAUCACUGCUGGUGACCGUCACCAAGCCCAAGCUCGAGCCCAAAUUAAUAACCAUUGGGCUGGCUGACCAGGCCUAACUGAUCCAUCAUCCUGUGUGAUCAACCAAAUCAAUAAUGAAGGGGACACGGAUCCUCUGCAGUUGGCUCCCUACAGUUGAGUCAUUGACGUGUGGGACCAGGCCCACACCCAACGACGACCUUUAGAGAGGAUAACUUAGCUACGAACAAUGUACCAUGUGCAUGGGUGUGCUCACCAUCUUCUGUUAUACGUGUCAAAGUACAAUAGCGUGUAUUGUCAUGCCAAUCAAUAAAUUCAUCUUGUGGUUUGA